UCUGUCGUUGCAGCGGGCAUGGGGAACCAGGUGGAAAAGCUGACCCAUCUGAACUACAAGGAAGUUCCCACGGCCGACCCGACAGGUGUGGACAGAGAUGAUGGGCCCAGGAUCGGGGUCUCCUACAUCUUUUCGAAUGAUGAUGAUGAGCUGGAGCAGCAGCAGGAUUCAGGGCAUGACCUGGGGGGUGAGCACCCUGCCCUGCAGCCCUACGAUCCCCAGCUUCAUGAAGUGGAGUGCUCAGUUUAUUACCGGGACGAGUGUAUUUACCAGAAGAGCUUUUCUGAGGAGGACACGCUGCCAGAGGAGGGUGAUGAAGGAGGUGGGGGGCAUCUGAGCACCUACACCCCGGAGAACUUGCUGAACAGGUGCAAACCAGGUGACCUGGUGGAGUUUGUGUGCCAGGCCCAGUAUCCACACUGGGUGGUCUAUGUUGGGGAUUUCCAAGUUGUGCACCUGCAUAGGCUGGAGGUGGUGAACAGCUUCCUCACCGACGCCAGCCAGGGCAGACGUUCUCUGUAA